GUCCGCACUGCUCACUGCGGCUGCGUGGACGGAGGGAUUGGAGGAAAUGUUACAGUAGUUUGCUCAGUCUGCCGUCAGUCUGCUGUUUAUUGUGACUUUUUGUGCCCAGUAACACGGUGAAUGUUCGCUGCAGAGAGCAUUACCGGGAUGUAGGCUGCAGGAAUGGAGCUGCUGUGUGUGGGGGCAGAGAGCUGCUCCAGAACCGUCGUCCAGUGAACAAUAAUAGUGAUAAUAUGUGACCAUUAAGUGUAAGUGGCUGUAGCCCAUGUUAGUUUAUAAUGCCUGUUGCUCCUGCUAACCAGGCGCAACUGAUUCGGUCCAGUCAAAAGGACGAAUAUUACCGAAUCAUCUUAAGAAACCAGGCCAACGACUCUUUUCAAACACUUGCUGGGUCCAAAAGAUGGCUGGACUGGAGGAGAGAGAUAGAGCUGCUGUCAGAUCUUGCAUACUAUGGGCUAACAACAUUCUCAGGUUAUCAAACUCUUGGUGAGGAGUACGUUGGCAUAAUCCAGGUGGAUCCCACUAAACAUCAAAUCCCCUCUCGGGUCAGACGUGGCCUCUUCAUCCUUUGCCAUGCCUUCUUUCCUUAUCUCCUGGACAAGCUCCUGGUGUGCCUGGAGAACGAGCUGGAAGCCGGGCAGGAGAGUCAUCACAGUGUCCGCCGGCGACAGGCAGUGUCUGGGUUAUGGAGCCUGGAGUCCUGGCUGAGGAAAUGGGUGCGGAGGGCGGUGGGGCUGUUGUCAGAGCCCCAGAGGAGAACAUGUCUGCCAGCUGUGUUUGCCAUUCAGCAGGGUCUGACUCUCCUGCACCGACUCCACAUGGCUCUGUUUUACAUCAGCGGCUCUUUUUAUCACCUGUCUAGGAGGGCGGCAGGUAUCAGCUAUCUGCGUGUGGUGGGGCUGAGCGGUGAUGACACCACCAUUAGGAGCAGCUACAGGCUGCUAGGUGCCGUGUCCAUCCUCCAGCUGCUCAUUACUGGGUGCCUGCAGCUCAACAACUUCAAGCAGAGGCAGAGAGCCCGCCAGGAAUGGAAGCUCUACAGGAACCUCAGUCCUCAGCACACACAGAGCUCCAGCCCCAGAGCUGCACGCUGCAUCCUCUGCUUGGAGGACAGGAGACACACCACCUCCACCCCAUGUGGACACCUCUUCUGCUGGGAGUGCAUCACAGAGUGGUGCAACACCAAGCCAGAGUGCCCCCUGUGUCGUGAGAAGUUCCAGCCUCACAGACUGGUGUACCUGAUGAACUACAGCUAGAGUGCCAGAGCCUGAUGCUACACAUACACAGAUACUCACUGCUUUGCUGCUGGAUUUGCAUGCAGCUUAAUAUUUACUCCAGAGGCACAAAACUGUUUCCAGCUGUCACACUGAAUUCAUGCCAACAUACUGUAGCUUCUUCAGGUAUGAACCCAACCUUUGUCUUUUUUUUUUGAUUAAUUGCCUCUCAUUAAGAGAAGUUAUUGAUUGAGAACUAAAUUUUGGAUUGUAUCAGUCAAAUCAUGUAAACAUCAUUGAAAAUAUGAGGAAUGUUAAUAAUUUCAUAGAAAGUUGCUAUUAAUGCUAAUAAAAUGGGGGACAUGUCCAGA